GGACGGGGGACGCGGCUGCGGGACCGGGGUGAGCAGUGGGGAUGGAGAUGGACAGCGUGUUCUCGGGCUCUUCUCUGCAGAACCUCGCCAAACUGCUGUGUGAUGCUCCAGAAGAGGAUGAGGAUGAUGAUGAUGAUGUGCCACGCUGUUCUGUUGGUGCCAUGACUCCUGGGAGUGUUGGACCAGUCAAGAAAGAGACCACCAGUACUUUCCAAGUGAAAUCUGAAAACAAGAAAACCAUUUGGAAUACAGAGGAGGUCCCAGAAGGAUCUGAAUUUGAUGAUACCUGGGACCCUAGAGAAAAGCCAGAGUAUGAGAUUUCAUUCAAGCAGCACGUGGGAACAGAGGAUGUCUUCUUUGGGAUGACUGGGAAAGACCCCUCCACUGCCUGCUGUGAAGAUAUAGUGAUUAAAAUCAAGCUGCCAGAGACAAAGUAUUCAGACAUCACAUUAGACAUCCAGGACAAGGUUCUUGACCUUCGAACUCCCAAAAAGAAGCUGCUGCUGCACCUCCCCUACCCUGUGAACAGCAAGGAGGGCAGAGCUCGUUUUCUCUCUGAAGAGGAGAUCUUGGAAGUCACCUUGAGAGUAUCAAGGAAGUUGGAUUUCCUAAAUUUUUCUGAUGGAUAGAGAGAUAGUUUGAAAAAAUUAAUGUUCUAGUUUGAAGUCUUUUGGAAACCCAACUUGUUCUGAAAUAGUAGAUAGUUUUCCUUGAACAGUCCAGGGGAAUGUCUCUGGAGAAAUGAGUCAGGAGGAACACAGCACCCCCAGGUUGUAACAGCUAAUGCUGUCUGGCUCUUACACUGCUCUGGUAAACUUUCUGCUUCCUUCAGUCUGGUCCAGACCCUGUGAAUCAGAAAGAGGGAGAUUUCAGUUCUGUAAGCCAGAGAAAGCCUUUUGUGUGGUCAUGGCUGAGAAGCAGCACACUGAGGCUCUGGACAGUGUCUGGGUUUCAAGACUUGCAAGUGUUUAUGUCCUUGCUUGGUCUCCAGUGCUGGGACUGGGGCUAGCUCACAAUCUUCUCUUGCCUGUUUCUUGGUGAGAAGAUCAUUCUUCAGGGAUCCAUCUCCACAUCUGAGGCUCCUUUACACUGGCAGAACAAGUUAACCAGCCAUAGUUGGAUUGCUAAACAUCUCAGCUCUUUUGAACAGUUUCUUGACAGUUUAUGGUUCAGUGUUGUCUAUUCAUCUGCUGUCCCUCCACCUUUUUUUUCUGAUCUUUCUUGAUUAAUAAAAUAAUAGGUUCUAAGGAA